AAACAUCGGAAGAAAUUUCGUGGCGCAAACAGAAAAACUACAACGACUGAAAGUGCAAAUGUCGUCGUCAUCAUCAUCUUCUUCUUCUUCUUCUUAAACUUUCCGAGCUGUUUUCCUUCCUCAUUAGCCUCGCCGUCGUGACAUCGAGCCAAACAACGUCGUACUUUGUAGCCUUUUCGAAAGCAGAAAUUAGACGGAGAAAGAAACGUAGGAGAAGCGAAAAUGAACGACGGAGAUGUGUCGAAGCAGAUUCAGCAGAUGAUCAGAUUCAUCCGCCAGGAAGCAGAGGAGAAGGCCAAUGAGAUCUCUGUCUCCGCCGAGGAGGAAUUCAAUAUAGAGAAACUGCAGCUGGUUGAAGCCGAGAAGAAGAAGUUACGCCAAGAGUACGAACGGAAGGCGAAGCAAGUCGAAGCGAGAAAGAAAAUAGAGUACUCGAUGCAACUGAACGCGUCUCGCAUAAGGUUCCUUCAAGCGCAGGAUGACGUUGUGAACUCGAUGAAAGAAUCCGCCAGCAAAGACCUCCUGCGCGCGUCGAGCAAUAACAAGGCCUACAAGAAGCUUCUCAAAGCCUUAAUUAUCCAGUGCCUACUGCGUCUUCAAGAGCCGGCCGUGUUGCUCAGGUGCAGAGAGGUCGACCUGAAGCUGGUUCAAUCUGUCUUGGACGAAGCUAAAAGAGCGUAUGCCGAGAAAGCUGGAGUUGCACCUCCUGCCAUCACACUCGACAACCGUGUGUAUCUCCCGCCGCCUCCCAAAGGCGUGGAUUCUCACGAGCCUUCUUGCUCGGGCGGAGUGGUGGCAGCUUCCCAGGAUGGCAAGAUAGUCUGCGAGAACACUCUCGAUGCCCGUCUGGAUGUGGUUUUCAGGCAGAAACUGCCUGAGAUCCGAAAACGACUUCUCGGGAAUAUGCAGACAUGAUUGAGCAAAUACCAGUGAAGUUUACUCAAGGCCUUCAUUCGGCAUUUUGGAUCCCUUAUGUGAAUCUUUAAAUCAUCUUUGAAAUGGUUUUUUCUGCUCUUUUCACCUCCAAAACAUGAUUGCACUGUUCUUUUUGUUUCCAUGUAUGAGCGAAUAACAUACGUGUUUCCAUUUUGCUAUA